CUCCUCUCCUCGAUUAUUUUCCACUCAGCUGAUCGCAGUUUAAAAUGGCGGCGUUGAGUAACGCCGAGUCCCCACCGCCCGUCUUCAACGGUGACACGAUGGACCGAGACCCGGAGCGGGAGCGGGGACUGGAGGAGCUGGGAGCCUGCCUGGACCCCGCCUGUUCGGUGGGGAUCCAGGAAUGUCCGCAGGACGAGGAGAUCUGGAAUAUCAAACAGAUGAUCAAGCUGACACAGGAGCACUUAGAGGCACUACUGGACAAGUUUGGAGGAGAAUGUAACCCUCCGUCUAUAUACCUGGAGGCCUAUGAGGAGUACACCAGUAAGCUGGACUCUCUACAGCAGAGGGAGCAGCAGCUCCUGGAGGCCAUGGGGAACGGGACUGACUUCUACUCCUCCUCCCCUACGCCCCCUUCCCUCCUGGAUGGGGGUUUGAGCUGUUCUGGGGGAUCCGGGGGCACCCAGUUCCUUCUCCCCUCCGCCCCCAACACCCUGGCUGUCCUCCAGACCCCUACAGACGGACGGGCCAAUCCCCGCUCCCCUCAGAAACCCAUCGUCAGGGUGUUCCUGCCCAAUAAACAGCGGACCGUGGUCCCAGCCCGCUGUGGCAUGACGGUCAGAGACUCUCUGAAGAAGGCUUUAAUGAUGAGGGGACUAAUCCCUGAAUGCUGUGCUGUCUACAGGAUACAGGAUGGAGAGAAGAAGCCUCUUGGCUGGGACACAGACAUCUCCUGGCUGACAGGGGAGGAGCUACACGUGGAAGUGCUGGAGAAUGUUCCUCUGACCACACACAACUUUGUGAGGAAGACGUUUUUUACGUUGGCCUUCUGCGAUUUUUGCCGGAAGCUUCUGUUCCAGGGGUUCCGAUGUCAGACGUGUGGCUAUAAGUUCCACCAGCGUUGCAGCACCGAGGUGCCGCUCAUGUGUGUCAACUACGACCAGCUAGAUUUGCUGCUGGUGUCGAAGUUCUUUGAGCACCACCCCAUCACCCAGGAGGAGGUGUCGUCAGAGGGCACCACCCCCGUGUCCGAGGCCUACCCGUCACUGCCCCCGUCCGACUCCACCGGGUCCCUGUGCCACGCCAGCGUGUCCCCGUCCAAGUCCAUCCCUAUCCCCCAGAAUUUCAGGCCCGGAGAAGAGGACCACAGGAACCAGUUUGGACAGAGAGACCGCUCGUCCUCCGCUCCCAACGUCCACAUCAACACCAUCGAACCCGUCAACAUAGACGACUUGAUUCGAGAUCAAGGUUUACAGAGAUCAGAAGGAGCCCCCCCCUUGCAGACCCACCCACCCGCCCGCUGUUUGAGGAAGCACCGAACACGGAUCUCAAGCCCCCUCCUAUACUCCUACCCCAAUGACAUAGUCUUUGAUUUUGAGUCCGAGCCUGUGUUCCGAGGGUCGACUGCAGGGCUGUCGGCCACGCCCCCAGCCUCGCUGCCUGGCUCAUUGACCAAUGUGAAGGCUCCUCAGAAGUCUCCGUGUCCACAGAGAGAGAGGAAGUCAUCGUCCUCGUCUGACGACCGCAAUAAGAUGAAAACCCUGGGCAGACGGGACUCUAGUGACGACUGGGAGAUCCCAGAAGGUCAGAUCACCCUGGGUCAGAGGAUAGGCUCUGGAUCCUUUGGGACCGUCUUUAAGGGCAAGUGGCACGGAGACGUGGCUGUGAAGAUGUUGAACGUGACAGCUCCCACCCCACAGCAGCUACAGGCCUUUAAGAACGAAGUGGGUGUCCUCCGGAAGACGCGUCACGUCAACAUCCUGCUGUUCAUGGGUUACACCACCAAGCCUCAGCUGGCCAUCGUGACCCAGUGGUGUGAGGGCUCCUCCCUCUACCACCAUCUACACAUCAUAGAGACCAAGUUUGAGAUGAUCAAGCUCAUAGACAUCGCCCGGCAAACCGCACAGGGCAUGGAUUACCUGCACGCCAAAUCCAUCAUCCACAGAGACCUGAAGAGCAACAACAUCUUCCUACACGAGGACCUGACCGUGAAGAUAGGAGACUUCGGCCUGGCCACAGUGAAGUCCCGUUGGAGCGGCUCCCACCAGUUUGAACAGCUCUCUGGCUCCAUCCUGUGGAUGGCCCCAGAGGUCAUCCGUCUGCAGGAUAAGAACCCUUACAGCUUCCAGUCUGACGUCUACGCCUUCGGGAUAGUUCUCUACGAGUUGAUGUCUGGGGCCUUGCCCUACUCCAACAUCAAUAACAGAGACCAGAUAAUCUUCAUGGUGGGUCGGGGAUACCUGUCUCCUGACCUCAGUAAGGUGCGCUCCAACUGUCCUAAAGCCAUGAGGAGGCUGAUGGCUGACUGUAUGAAGAAGAAGAGAGAGGAACGACCCCUAUUCCCUCAGAUCCUGGCUUCCAUUGAGCUGCUGGCGCGUUCUUUACCCAAGAUCCACCGCUCCGCGUCGGAACCCUCACUGAACCGAGCCGGGUUCCAGACGGAGGACUUCAGCCUGUACGCCUGCUCCUCCCCCAAAACCCCGAUACAGGGGGGAUACGGGGAGUUUUCAGCAUUUAAAUAAGAUGCUGAUCCAGAUUCCACCAGUUCAGCCAGUCCAUCCCUCGUCACUCUGUACUGCUGUCUCUCUCUCCUCUCUCUCUCUCUCUCUCUCUCUCUCUUCCACUCUGUACUGCUGUCUCUCUCUCUCUCUCUCCCACUCUGUACUGCUGUCUCUCUCUCCUCUCUUCCAACCUGAUCGUCUCUCUCUUCUCUUCAUUCCAGGGGAGUUUUCAGCAUUUAAAUAAGAUGCUGAUCCAGAUUCCACCAGUUCAGCCAGUCCAUCCCUCGUCCCUCUUCAACAAGUCUUGUGUUCCUGCGGUGGAUUUCUUCAUCCAUUUAACCAAAAACCAACAUCCUAGUCUCAAAAGAACGUGCUGUUUUCUACUUUCCACACCUGGAGAGACAGACGGCCAGCCUCUUCCUCUCUCCGAGCCACGUCUCAGGAGCUCUACAGAUGAGAUCUGGGGAAUCACCACAUCGGGGAAAAACUACAACAUCUGAUUUUAGAAACAAGGAAAAGAAAAGUUGAAUGACACACAACCAGACACACUGAAGAAACCAAACCAGAGGAAGAAGAGAGAACUGUAAAAGGAGAGAACAGCACUUCUUGAUUCUAGGACUGAUGAAGGAGGAAUGUAACUGUUGAGAGCACAAGGACAGGAUUGGGGUUAGGGGUCAAGAGAGGUUAGAGGUCGAUGGGUUUGGGCAGCACACGCCUUCUCACUCCCCUCCAUGACGAAGAGGGAGGAGCUACAGAAACAGGAAACCACACUUCUUUUCCUGGCUGCUCAUUGGUUACCCGAGAUGAAGGGGCCAGGUCUGAGCCAAUCGCUGAUGAGCUGGAUUUCCCAGGGGGGCGGAGUCGACCCUUUGGGAAGAGGACUUGAAAGAAUUUAUUUAUUUGAAGAAAAAAAAUCCCCAGUUCUUGUUUGUUUUGGGAUUUUAAGGAUAUGUGGGGAGGGGGGGGGGCUCUGAGCUUUAUGUUGUUUUUGUUUUUGUUGACGAGAUUGUUGAUGUUUUUACUGUCACUACAAAGCAUUCCUACCCGGUGAUAGACACGAAUAUGCUCGACUCAAGCCUCACUGAAAGGACAGCGACUCUGAGACUGUCCCCUCAGCGCUCUCUCUCACAGAUCUGUCUCGACUCAAGCCUCACUGAAAGGACAGCGACUCUGAGACUGUACCCUCAGCGCUCUCUCUCACAGAUCUGUCUCGACUCAAGCCUCACUGAAAGGACAGCGACUCUGAGACUGUCCCCUCAGCGCUCUCUCUCACAGAUCCAUUUUCCAAUGAAGGAUGCUUUUCCACAUUUUUUUCCAGACUCCGGGAUCUUG